AUGCAGAGUCCGCAGAAAAGCGCAAGCCUCAGCCCCUUCAAGCAGAGGAAGAGCUUAGGUAAAGUUCUCGAGGAAGUUGCUGGAAUCCGGGUGAAGUUCCCCGGCAAGAUCCCGGUGGUCGUGGAGCGCUACCCCAGGGAGCAGGUCUUGCCCUCGCUGGACAAGACCAAGUUCCUGGUCCCCCAGGAGCUGACCAUGACCCAGUUCCUUGGUGUCGUCCAGAGCCGCAUGGUCCUCGGGGCCACUGCAGCCGUUUACCUGCUGGUGAACAGCAGGAACAUGGUCAGCAUGAGCGUGACCAUGGCCGAGAUCUACAGGGACUACAGGGACGAAGAUGGCUUCCUGUACUUGACCUAUGCCUCUCAGGAGGUGUUUGGGGGCUUGGGGUCCGCAGCCCCAACCUGGGGCUCUGCCGUCCUCUCUAGUGCAUGUCAGCACCUUGUCCUCUAA